CGCCUAGCCGCCAUCCGGCGGUUUCCAUAGUAACGCGCCCUUCCUUCCGGUGCGCCGGCUCUUAUUCGCCCCGCCCCCUACGGGUUUUGUCCCUCCGGGAGCUGGGACCGCCGAAGGCGCUGCGUAUAAGCCCGCCCCGUCGUGCGUCGGCGUAGUGUAGCGAAGGGCCGUAGUUCCUCGGCGAUCGCUCUGCGGAGGGCGACCUGCGCGCUGAUUGGUGGGCGUGGAAGGCCGUCCGUGCUAGGGCGGUGUUCUGCUGUGAGCCCGGAAAGGCGAUGGCCGAGCGCAGCAGUCGGCGCCUUGGCGGAGACGCGGACUGAGCCCCUUCGGGCCGAAGCUGCGCUUAUCCUUUCAGGCCUUCCAGACCCCCUGUUUCCACAUGGCGCUAAGCGCCCUGAAGGAGCUCCAGGCCGGAGACCAUGCCCCUUUACUAGUCUUUGAAGUGGGCAGGAACUCUCAGUUGGCCUCCCUGAGCUACCAGUCUCCCUUCAUGCGACGAAUCUUCAUGAGGUUCCCUGAAGUGUUGUUCAUACACCGGACCCCCAAUCCCAGGGGCAAGAUACUCUACACCUUCUUGGUGGACGGCCCUGGGGUGCAGCCUGAAUGCAGUCUGACCAGGAUCGUGUAUUUCUCUGUCCCAGUCAAGGAGAACGUCGAGGGUUUGGUCCAGCUGUUCCAAACUUUCAAAAAGUUUAACCCUGAGUGGGAGAGAACCUGCACCAUCCUAGUGGAUCCGUAUUUCUCUCUGUUGCCUGUUCUAGCUAUGGAAUUUCCAUCCGCAGAGAUCCUUCUGUCUGCCUUUCAUGUAUCUAAGUUUCUUCAGGGAAAAUUUUACCGCCUCGCCGUAGAGCAGUCAGUGAAGAAGCUGCUGCUCACCAACCUGCAGCACACCGUGUGUUCAGCCACGGCCAGUAACUUGAAGAAAAUGCACACCCUCCUUAGUGACUCUGUCCCCCAAGACCUGCAGCCUGACCUUCACCUGAGCUGGCUACUAGAUGAUAGGAUCUGGCUGGCACACAGGUGGAGGAGCAAGGCUGAGAGUAUCUGCUACUUUCGGGACCUAGAGAUCACAACCCGGGUCAUAAGCCAAUUCUUUGGUAUCGAAUUGUCUCUGGAAAGGAGUAUCCUUUCCUUGCUAGAGUACUUGAAGCAGAAUACAGAUAAGGAAGGGACCUCCAACUCAGACCUGAACACCCCAGCCAACUGUACCCCACCAGAGCCUUCUGCAGAAAUUACCAAGCUCCAAGAAGUAGAAGCCUGCAUCCAACAUUCCUUGCAAACCAUUUGUGCUGAACCUGCUGCCCAGCUCUGCUUGGUAGAAUUUGCUGUGGUCCAGAGGUCUAUACAGUUGAUUGGUUCAAGCACAGACAAGGUGAAUGUUCAGAUCCUAGAGGAUAUGCAUGAAGUACACCCUCAAGGCCCCGGCAGCUGUACCUGCCACUUCAGCCAGACAUUUGGACUGCCCUGCCGUCAUAUUCUGACUGUCCUUAGCUCCCAACAGCAAGUGCUGCAGCCUGAAAUGCUACCUGAACAGUGGAAACUUGGCUGCAGAACACCCCCCAGAAGUGUGGCCAGCCUAGCCAGUAUCCUGGGCAGCAGGUGGAAUGUGGCUCUAGACAAGGAGCUAUUGGUCGCAUUCCUCACUGGCGAGGUGAGGCGGCUUUUACUUCAGUGCAGUCGGGAAGAGUUUGAGCGACGCUAUAACACCCUCCGUGAACUGGCAGACAGCUGGAUUGGACCUUACUUUCAAGUGCAAGUGUAAGCCGUCUUCCUUUGUCCCUGCUGGAUGUGCUCUCUGCCAUGACCCACCUAGCUGUCCUUCCUCAACCCAGCUAAAGGGGGUGAUGAGUAUUGUCUAGGACAGUGACAUAAUCUCCAAGCUUCAGUUUUCUCAGCUAUUACAUGGAGAUAUUCGUUUUACUACCUGCCUCGCAAGAUUGUUGUGAAGAAAGCAUUUUCUAAACUAUAAAGUGACACAGAAACAAGAUUUGUUUUUAACCCAAUGGAGAAAAAGGGAAGGAGUAAAGUACUCCACCACAUUCCUACUUUCUUUGCAAACAUUUUGUACUCUCAAGGAUCAGCUGACCCAAUAGAUGAGGAGAAAGGCUGAGACCAAAUAACAGGUCAGCCCAGCUGCCCAGUCAGCUGAUUCCAUCCCCUGUGACCAAAAAAUCUAAGCAUUUUUGCAGCCUAAGUGAGGAACUUUGUUUAGUACCUAUGCUCUAUGUCACAUUGUCCUGCUUGGUCCUUGUGAUUGAAUCUGAAUGCUGCUUAUGUCAAUAUUGCUCAUUUAGAAUUUUAGCUCACCACCAUUCCUGGAAAAAGAGUAAUGUUUGCCAUUCCUAUUCUAUUCUCUGCCCACUGCUAGCAAGGGAAAUUUGUAUUCAAUAAAGGUUUAUAGCAAAGC